AUGUUAAGGCCCGUCGAGCGAGGCUCAAAUUCUUACCGUCAUUUGAGCGCCGCUCCAGGCUAUGAUUUCAAUGCGCAGCAAUCAGAGACUGCGACAGAUGGCUUCCCGCUCCCACUUUGCAACUUCUUCCCCUCCACUAUGACUCGAAACCCUUCGCAAGGAACUCAUUUCUGUCUUCCCUACGAGCUUACCGCCAAAAUCUUCAUCGCAUGUCUUCCACGCGACCGUCGUAUACAGCCGAAACCAGGAAAUGCUCCACUCCUUCUUGCACAAGUCUGUCGUAAAUGGCGCGAGGCGACGCUAUGUACACCGGAGCUUUGGAGGGCCAUCUCUUUUUACCUCGGACGGGAAAAAGGCGGACUCGGAAUAGGCGGCGCCGUCGCGACGCUUGACCUCUGGCUCUCGCGUUCUGCUCCGUGCUCAGUUUCCGUCGUCAUUAUCAGUUGCACGACUGGGGACCUUCCCAGUAAACUCUUCACAGUUCUCGCUGCGUAUUCUGCCCGUUGGGAACGCGUGGAGCUUGACUUGCGGGGCCAUAAUCCAUCUAAUAUCCGACGAAUUGCAGGGUCGUUCCCCCGUCUUAGAAUGCUGUCGAUAUUGAUCGGAGACGAAGACCAUCCUGCCCUAAUUCAGCAACGCGGGCCAGUAUUGUUCCCUCAGCUGUCGGCCUUGAGCCUGACGACGCUCGCGACUUUGCGCCGCCAACCGGCUGUGUUGUCCACAUCACCCAUUACUGCGCUCACAUAUAACACCAUGGGGCGGAAUCUCGUCGAUCCGUGGAAGGCUUGCACCAUCUUCUUUGCCUAUUUCAAGCAUCUUCGGCAUUUGACGCUGGCGCCGAUACCCCCUGAUUUUCAUCGCGGGAAAUAUUCCGGGAUUAUGCCCAACAUUCCAGAGCUGGAGACGCUUUGCAUCGUGGGCGACCCCCAUUUCCUCGAGUUUCUGGUCGUCCCUUCUCUCAAGUCCCUCUCUGUGGCUCUGACAUCAGAAGAUGACGCUGCUGCCACACAAUCUUUCCUCUUUCGGUCUCAGUGUGCGCUCAAACACCUUUCUAUCACGAUAGAGCCUUUUCUCACAGCCGAUGCCUGUCUGGAAACUAUGCUCGUAUCGUCUCUACUAUCAUUCGAGCUAGUCUUCCGGGCGAACACGGACGCGCAAUCAACCGCCUCUUGGGGAGCUGUGUUCGCGUCUUUUUUGCAGCACCCUGGCGGUGUUUUACCCGCACUGAGAACCCUGGUCAUUAUCGACUCCACUGUAACUGCGCCACAGGUGUUACAUUUGCCUCAUCGGGCCUUUCUUGACAUCGCGCACCAUUUUAGCAAUACAGGCCUUGAGCGAGCAGAGUACCAUAUUCCACAUGGGCCUAUGGAGGACGACUUUCGGCUGGAACAAAAGGAGUCGGCAGUUUUGAAGGCGCUGAUAGGACAAGGCUUGGAUAUCCGAUUGUCCUAUGGUGGAAAGCGAUUACCCGCGACCUGGAUAGAUUCUGAUGGACCUGAAGACAGAGACUAUCUUCCGAUACUGCCGUCUGGUUCAGAAACUUCGGGCUCGUUUUCAGAGACGACUUCGCGGGUGUUUCGGCCAUUUUCCUUCCAUUCAUAG